GCUUACGCUUCGCAUUUUCCAAUAUUCAAUUCAUUUAAACAAUGAAGCGUGUGACAAUUGAUAAGAAAGGUUCGCGGGAAAUAAAAGGUCGCGCAAGCCGACCGAAAAAGAGACCAAAACCACUGAAUCGUCAUAUGAUCGAGUGCGAAACGGCAAGUACUAGUGCCUCCGCGAAAAAGUUGAAAACAAGUUCGGUGAUUGUGCCAAUAGACGCGAGUCAUGGAUAUCGCAUAAUAAACUUUUUAACACUAUUUUCGACUCUCAGUGACAUGAUAAAAUGCAAAUCAUGCGACGGAGAUAUUUCAUUCAAAGAGGGAAGCAUUCGCGGACUUGGAUUCAAAUUAGUUAUCACAUGUGAUAAAUGUGAACCGCGAUAUAUAAAUUGUUGUCCGCUUAUCAAUCACGCCUAUGAAAUAAAUAGACGAUUUGUUUUUGCGAUGAGACUUCUUGGUGUCGGUUACGAAGGCGCGAAAAAAUUUUGCGGUAUCAUGGAUCUUCCGAACAUUUUCAGCAAGAAAGUAUAUUACGAAAUUCUGACAAAUAUUUAUUGCGCGACGAAGACUAUGGCUGAUAUAAUAUUUUCCGAGGCAGUCGUUGAAGAGAAACGAUUGACGACAAAUGCAAAAGGAACAGAACCGGCAGGCCUUACAAUUUCAGGAGAUGGAACCUGGAUGAAACGAGGUUUUUCAUCUUUACAUGGAGUUGUAACUUUAAUUGGCCAUUACUCUGGACAAGUAAUAGACGUAAAUAUCAAGUCGUUGUACUGUAAACAGUGCGAAUAUUCAAGCCAAAAUCUGGAUACAGAAGAAUAUGAAACAUGGGAAGAAUCACAUAGAAAUAAGUGUUCCAUCGAUCACAAAGAAAGCACUGAAAAAAUGGAGGUGGACGGAGCGAUAGAAAUGUUCGCGAGAUCCGAAGACUUACAUGGCGUGAAAUAUUUAUCUUACAUUGAUCACGGCGAUAAUAAAAUGUUCAAAGACAUUGUUGAAUCGCAACCUUAUGGUGAAGAUGUUAGAAUUAUAAAAAAAGACUGCUUUACACAAAAUAAUAACGAGAGCAUCAAUACACUUAUUUGGUCGAUUGCGCCUAAACGAAUAUUUAGUGGUAAGAAAAUUGUUGAAAUUGCCACGUAUAUUGCAGCAAAUAUUUUCAAUAAAGGCUAUACAAGUAUUCUUUUAAUGAUGGCUACGCUAAACUUGACAAUUGGAACGAAUGCGGCUACAAUAUGCGAACAACUCGACGCGACACGAGUGUCUCAGCGACACGAGUGUUCAAACGAGGCAAAAACGUUUGCGGCAUCUAAAGAAGAUCGAAUUGAACGACGGAGGAAUAGAGCAUCCUUGAUGGAUGAGCAGCAACAUCCAUUCUAUGAAACAGAAAUGGACGAUUAGCGGAUAACCAAAAUGAUGGAAUCGUUUACCGAUGUACACACAAUCACGUUUUACGCGGAUUCCUCGCAAGAUCAAUAUUUUUCAAUAAAAUUUGCAACAUAACAAGUUCAAUAUACGUACUAAUAAAGUGCCAAAUUAUAAGUGGAUUGUAUUUAUACUUUUCCAGCAAUCCACGCUCAAAAA